GUUCUGCUGAUAAGAAAGGCAGACAGAAAUUCACAACAUGUUAUCAAAAAAGCCACGAUUUCCGGAGAGGAAUGUGUUUUGGGCAUUAAUUCAUCAAGCCUUGAGCGAAAGAGUUUAUGUCAGUUCGACCAGAAUGAAAAUUUUCAAUCAUAUCUUCUUGUUACUCACCAUAUUAGUGGUUUUCUCUGCUGUGGUUGCUGAAGCCCGUAUAACCCGUGGCCACGUAUGCCGUCCACUCAGUGAAGAAGAUAUCCGGAAGUGGUUAAAAUCUAGACAAGACAAACUUAAACUUAGAACGGGACAUUGACACUUCGUGCUCGAUUGUCGAUAAACUUUGGCAUUGUG